UUAGAGACACGGUGGGCGGGGCCUCUGGCGGACAAUAGAGCCGCUGCUGGGGACUGAUGUUCUGUCUGACAGUGACGGUACUCCGCGGUGCAGAGAACCGGGACCAGGUCCAGCCUGAAGCCUGGCAUCGUUUCUCAUCCGAGCGGAACCGAACUGAACCGGAGCCUGGUUCGGACGGAGUGAGGGACAGCCGCAGCAGGUCGGAGUGAAAGGAACAUUCGUCUCUGGGCCCCACCCCACCCCUCCACUCACCCUGACCCAUCUCAAACCUCCAGCACAAUGAGCUCGUCGGCGCACGGCUCCUCCGUGGACAUCCUGGAGGAACUACAGCUGAUCGCUGCACAAAACCUGGAAAAGCUGGACAUCAACAAAUACUACGAAGUGGUCCGUGAGCUGGGAAAGGGAACCUACGGGAAGGUGGACCUGGUCAUCCACAAAAUCAGAGGCACAAAGAUGGCGCUGAAGUUCCUGAGGAAGAAGACGACCAAGCUGAAGAGCUUCCUGAGGGAGUACAGCGUCUCGCUCUACCUGUCGCCCUGCCCCUUCAUCAUCAACAUGUACGGCAUUGCCUUUGAGACAGACGACUGUUACAUCUUUGCCCAGGAGUACGCUCCGGCUGGAGAUCUGUUUGACAUCAUCCCUCCACAGGUGGGACUUCCAGAGACGGUGGCAAAGCGCUGUGUCCACCAGGUGGCCAUCGCUCUGGACUACCUGCACUGUAAGAAGCUGGUGCACAGAGACAUCAAGCCUGAGAAUGUCCUGAUCUUUGACACUGAGUGCAGAAAGGUCAAGUUGUCAGACUUCGGCAUGACUCGGCAUGCUGGAUCUCCAGUAAAACGCGUAAGCGGCACUAUCCCGUACACGGCGCCCGAGCUGUGUGACACAUCGAGGCACGAGGGCUUCUGCGUGGACUACAGCACCGACGUGUGGGCGUUCGGCGUGCUGCUGUUCUGCAUGAUGACUGGGAACUUCCCCUGGGAGAAGGCCAUGCCCAACGACUCCUUCUACGAGGAGUUUGUUUGUUGGCAGCGUCGUCGGACCACCACAGUGCCGUCGCAGUGGCGCCGCUUUACUGAUGAGGCUCUCCGGAUGUUCCGCCGACUCUUGUCUAUCGAGCAGCAGCGUCGCUGCUCAGUCAAACAGGUCUUCAGCUACUUCAACCAGAGCUGGAUGUUGGACACAGAGAACGGGAACAGCAGCGGUGGAGCUCUAGUCGGUGGACCGCUGCCUCUGAACAUCAGCUCCUCUUCAUCUGAGGAGGACGCGUUGGUGGACAGGCUGAAGCAACAGAGCCUAUCACCUGCUUGCACUGCAGUGAAGGGCGGGUUUGUGAUGGACACCCAUUUCUCCUCUGGUAACAGCUCACCAGCCUCUUCUGGUGGCUAUGAGCGAGUCAACAGGGACAACAAUGAAAGGGGACGCAUCCUGGUGACCACGCCCAUCGAGAUCUGUGUAUAGAGUCGCUCGCUGCUUUGGGGUUCCUACUCGCAUGCUGACGCUGACGAGGAAAAUGUCUCCGCUCAGGAGGAAUCAGUGGGAAGUUUGGGAAUGGAGGUCAGCGUUUGGAACACUCUGUUGUAGCUUCACAGCAGAUUCACUCGUUUCUGAUGACGGAUAAAUCUGAAGAAACCUGCUGUGUGACAAACCGUAGCCUCCUGUUUGUGGUCUGUAGUUCAGUCACUGACAAACUACGCACAAACUACACAUAACUACACAAGACCACACACAAAAAUAUACACAAACUACUCAAAAGUACACAAACAACACACAAAAAUAUACACGAACUACACAAAAAUACACACAAAAACAUACACAAACUACCCAAAACUACACACAAAAUAUACACAGACUACCCAAAACUACACACAAAAAUAUACACAAAAUACACAAAACUACACACAAAAUAUACACAGACUACCCAAAACUACACACAAAAAUAUACAUGAACUACAGAAAACUACACAAAAAUAUACACAAACUACAAAAAACUACACACAAAAUUUAUAUGAACUACAAAAACUACACAAAAUAUACACAAACUACACAAAACUACACACAAAAAUAUACACAAACUACUAAAACUACACAAAAAUAUACACAAACCACACAAAACUACACACAAAAAAUACACAAAUUGAAAAAACUACACACAAAACUAUACACGAACUACACAAAACUAUGCACAAAAAUAUACACACACUUAAAAAAAUUACACACAAAAAAUACACAAACUAAAAAACUACGCACAAAACUAUACACAAACUACAAAAACUACACACAAAAAUAUACACAAACUACACAAAACUACACACAAAAUUAUACACAAACUACAAAAACUACACACAAAAAUAUACACAAACUACACACAAAAAAAUACACAAAUUACAAAAACUACACACAAAACUAUACACGAACUACACAAAACUAUGCACAAAAAUAUACACACACUUAAAAAAACUACACGCAAAAAAUACACAAACUAAAAAACUACGCACAAAAA